UUGAUUUCUUUUUUUUUCUUCGCUAUUUCCGUAAUUCGUUUGUUUCGAAAUUAUGAUGUGAAGAUUUUUAGUGACUCAGUCAAUUUCGGAAUAUCGCGGUAUGUGGAUGCAUCUAAGAACGCCGCUUCUAAUUCACAAAUAUAUAGUCACAGAAAAUAACAGGAAGUAACUCUUUUUGCGAAUCGCCUAUAGAAUAAAGCAUAAAAGAAAAAUUAUAAAAAGUUAAUUAUAUCACAGUGCAUACAUUAAAUGUUUAAUAAUGAGUGAUUGCAAGUCGAAUAAUGACCAGUUUAAUAUAUAUUAUGCAUCCAGUAUAUGUUCAUGAUUACAUUUGCAAUAUAUAAAGAGUUGGAUUUACAAAAAGGAUACAAUACUAAGGACAAGAUAUAAUACAUUCGACAACUGUAUUAUAUUGAAAGGAUCGACAAAGUCAGUUAAUCCAAUGAUUGUGAAUUAUUAAUAAGAUUUUGAUUUAUUGAAAAGAGGAAAAUGUCAAAAGACAUAUGAUGAAAAUACAUUAAAGUGAGUGAAUUUUAAGAACGAAAAUAAAUCGUAAAAUAAAAAAAAAUGAAUGAAUCAAAUAUUGUUGUUUGAUGCAAGAAAAAAAAGUGUAUGGAUAAAAAUGAGAAAUAAUAAUUCUCAUAAAAAAACACUAAAAAUAUACGUAAAAAUUGAGCAAAAAAGAAAGCAGGAAACUGAAUAUAAUAAAAGAUUUUUUUUUCACAUACGACUAAGAGUUAUGAAGUAAACUUACAUAUACAUAAGAAAAAGUUAUAGAAAAUUAACAAAAAUCUACUUGAAAGAGGCAAAAAGUAAGAACUUAUUCGAAUGGAACCGUAAAGUAAAAAGAAGAAGAAGCUACAAAAAGAAAUAAAAUGAAAAUAAUGGAAAUAAAAGAAAAUAAAGAAGAAAUAUAAGAUUAUUCAGUUUAUAAUAAUGCGGCAUGUAGAGCUAUUGCCAGCUUGUGGAAAUAAUUUCAAGAAUAAAUAUGUGUAACGCAAUAAUGUUAAGACAUUCUAAAAAAUAUAAGCAAAAAAAUUACACAGAACGGAAUUAUAAUAAUUGUUACAUACACAUUCUUACUAUGUAUUGAUUCUAAUAAAUACAUAAAAGAAACUAUAGUGAUUUAUUGUUAUUAUAUCGCACGGUCCUUUUUCACACGUACACUUACAUACGCAAUCGUAAAGUGGCAAGAUAUAGAGAAUGAAAACAUAAUAAGGGAGAAAAUGAACGUAUAAAUAUCGAAAUAACAAAAAAACAGAUAAUAGUAAUGAUGUAGUGAAAAAAUUUAAGAGCCAGAAUUUUAAUUAUUUGAUAAAAAGUGUUAUCUUCACUAUUAAUCAGUAUAACUAUUAAACAAAUAUUUGCUUUCAAAAACAUAUACUCAAUCGACAAAAAGAAAAGCAAAGCAUUGCAUUGAAAUGUACAAAUAUAUGGAAUAAAUUGAAUUUAAUGAUUAGAUUGUGCGUAAAAAGAUAUGCUGGGACUUUGAUGAAUAAAAGUAUUUAUUACUUAUACUAGCCAUCAAUUGCAGUGACAAAAAUACAUUGAACACUCCGAAAACUCUAAAGGAAGUAUUAGAAUAAAACAUCAUAGUUCUCCAUUAACAAAUACCGGUCAAUAAGCACAGUUAUAAUGAUUUGACAAAACAAUAUAAUAAAUGAGAAUGAAAAUGUGAUAAAUAAUGUGUUGUGUAGAGGAAAAGAAGAAAACAUACAACUCAAAUUGACAUUGUUAAUGAAAUAAAGGAAGAAUCGAUACACGACUAAUGUCUCACUAUCAAAUAAAAUGUGCUGAAAAGAGGAAGGAUUAACUAUAAAAAGCAGUUGUGUAUCACUACAUACAUUUAUAUAACAGAAAUAGUUUUUUAUUUGCCUGUUGAAAUUAGAACUUCAACAUACUUAAUUUAUUAACAUAUCUACAUGAAAUCUGGAGGCAAAAAAGCAGAAAUAAUAGAUGAUUUAAUACCAAAGACAUUCUGACUUUAUGUAACGUAUUUUAAGGUGUGAUUCAAACUACCUUGUAAAUAAAUAAAAGUGAAUGAAGUUUAGUAGUGAUGAAUACCAAAAUUUUUUAUAAAUGUCUAAAAAAUAAUUAAAUGAAAAAGUAUUCUUAUGAUAAACAUUAGAAAUAAGAAAAAAUAUUAUUAUUAGCCAAUAAAGAGAGAAAAUUAAAAGUUCAAAUCAUAAUUCGAUCAAAGAUCAUUGAAAGCAGAUAAUUGUUGUGUUCUAAUACGUACAUAAAUCCAUAAAGUUAAUGAAUAAAUCAAACAAAAGUGGUCAUAAAAAAUAAUAGAAAUCAAAAUAAUGGUAACAUCACAUUUAAUAUCACCAUUACUACAAUUGUCGAAGGAUAUAUCAAAUGUGACGGUUCUACUUGUAAUAGAUUUUCCAUCAACAAAGUUUAGUGGACAAAUGCAUUAUAAACGUACAAUGCAUUAUUAUAUCGUUAUGUAUCUGAUGAUUGUUCUAUUAUUGGGAACGUUUACAAGUCAUUACAGUGUUGAAUGUCGUGAAAGUUCAUGUCCAACAGUAUGUACAUGCAAAUGGAAGGGUGGGAAGCAGACAGUUGAGUGUUUAGAUCGACAACUAAUAAAUAUACCUGAAAAUGUUGACCUAUCAACCCAGGUGCUUGACAUGAGUGGUUCAAAUCUUCAAAUAAUCGUUGGAGAGACAUUUCGACGUGCUGAACUCUUAAAUCUUCAAAAAUUGUAUUUGAGAAAUUGUCGUCUUGGUCAAAUAGAUGACAAAGCAUUUGACGGCCUUACAAAUCUAAUCGAAUUGGAUUUAUCUCAAAAUUUAUUGACAUUCGUGCCAGCAGCCACAUUUCAAUAUAUAACAUCAUUACGCGAUUUGACGCUAGCAAGUAAUCCAAUACAAAAAAUUGAAAGUCAUGCAUUCAAUAAUAUUUUGAGUCUAACGAAAUUGGAUCUGUCACAUUGUGACUUACAGAGCAUCUCUGCAACAGCAUUCGAAAAUCUUGAAUCACUUCAUUCACUGAAGUUGAAUGGCAAUAAACUAUCAGAGUUACGAGCAAAGACAGUUGAGACUUUAAGUAAGUUACACUGGGUUGAACUUCACGACAAUCCAUGGUUAUGUGAUUGCCGGUUGAGGGCGACAAAACUGUGGUUGACUGAAAAUAAUAUACCAUAUCCGGUUGCGCCAAUUUGUAGUGGUGGACCUGAGCGGGUCAUUGAUAAAUCAUUUGCGGAACUUGAUGUCGAUGAUUUUGCAUGUAAGCCAGAAAUGUUGCCCGUACGUCGUCACAUUGAGGCAGUAAAUGGUGAAAACGCUACGAUUAUAUGUCAAACAGGAGCUGUACCUGCAGCCACAAUAACCUGGUAUUGGAACGGAAGACUGUUAAAUAAUAAUUCAGCAUUUAGCUCAUAUCAAAAGGUGCACAUUUAUGAAGAUGGAAAUUUUGAGAAACGUAGUCGCUUAAUAUUAACAAAUGCUCAAGAUACGGAUUCAAGUGAGUUUUACUGUGUUGCUGAAAAUCGAGCUGGUAGUGCAGAAGCAAAUUUCACGCUUCAUGUAUCAAUGAGAUCUGUGACCAAUGCUUUUGGUAACGGACAAAUUGCGGGGCUUAGUGCUGCUCUUAUUAUACUUAUUCUCUUCAUUCUACUCAUCAUUCUCUUUUUGCUCGUGAGAUUACGUAGACUGCCUCAAGUUGAAACGAAAACGCCGAAUCAAGUUGAAGUGACAAUGUCUGUAAGUCCUUCAAAUAACCCUAAUAGAAAGGUAUGUUCAACAUCACACACAAACGACGUUAAUUCGCCAGAUCGCAAAGAUUCAACUGAUAUGACGCAUACUAACCCAGUACAAAAACCACCACGAUUAACUGAUAUAACAUAUUCAACUAGCCAUUACGAUGGAAAUGGCAGUGUAGUAUCUGUUGGCCCGAGCUAUAGUUCACCUACAGGCAAUAAUCCCGACUUGAUAAAUGACACAAAAAGACAGGGUAGUGGUCUUGAUAUGUCAACAAUCGGUAUUGAUAGUUCAUCACUAUUGCCACUAUCGACCUCAGGUACAUUGAGCGUAGCCAGAAGUAAUUUGCUUGCAUCAUUGAGUGGGAACUGUUCAGAUGAUGUAAUUGAUCGUGCUGGUAGUGGUGAUUACAGUCGAGUUGGUUGUGAUUCGUUAUAUCCGUCUGGAUUAUGGGAGACAGCGACAGCAAAUUUAAAUAGUAAUCUUUUACUUGAACAAGCAAAUGAACUGUACAUGAACCGAAAUCUAUCAGUAACAUCCAGCUAUCAUAAUUAUUCCGAUAAAUUGCCAAUAAUUGGAGGUAAUAAAAUAUCUAGUGCGCAAAUUACAGAAACCAUGAAUAUGGACGAUGAGACUUCAUUAGACUUUAUGAAUCGUUCAUUUUCUAAAGCAACAAUUAACAAUGCCCACCAUUCAAGCAGUAUUCAUAUGGAUAAUGACCUAAAUAAUUCGAUAGUUACGGGCUACCCAUCAGACUACGGCCUACCAAUUGUGCCAGGUGCUGAACAACAACAGCAUCAUUAUAACAAAUUUAAUGCAAUAUCAACAUCAUCUUCAAAUAGUCCAACUGCAAAUGGUGGCAUUCCAAUGAAUGCAAAAACACUUCGUGUAUGGCAAAAGGGAGGCGUUCCAGUCCUGCCGCCUGUCACAACGGCCUUAAAACGUGCAUUAUCCAAUAGUAGAAAUUCACCUGAUGAAGGUUACGUUGGAGAAGGUGGGACUGAUGUGUAGUAUAAAAACUGUUAAGAAGAUUUUGUUUUCAAAAAUGUCAAAUAAAUCUCAAAAUCAUUUCAUGACGUUAAGGUAUGACAUUAAGUAACAUUUUUGAAGCCGAAUUAUUUUAUUAUUUAUACAACGUAAUAUGAGAGAAAAAAAAUGUAAUCAACUUGAAGAAUGAAACUGUUUAAAUUUUAUUUGAUAAGCGUGAAGAAGUGAAAAAUCUCAUUAAAUUUUAUCACCGAAUAUUAUACUUGAAGAAAAAAAAUUAACGUAAAGUGAUCGACAUUGACUGAACAAUAAUUAGUUUGUAAAGAAAAGUAACUUUCUCUCUUCUCUAUUAAUUUACUCUACGGUUGAAUAAAUAAGAAUCAUAACUAUCUAUCUAGAGCAAAUGUGCUCAUUGAAGUUUCUAUUAUGUGUUACACUAAUAUUUAAUAAUGAAGAAAAUGAUAAAAAAAAUGUUUAACAAACUAAGAUGAUGAUAAGUGAUGAAAUGAGUUGUCAAUUAUCAUCUGUUAUUUUGUGAAUAAAAUAUUAACUUUUGAUCACAUAUUUUAUAACAUUUUUUAUCACAAAAAUGACAUAACAAUCAUAUCAGAAUGUUGAAAGAAGAAAAUAAUCCUGAAAAAAAAACUCUGCAUUCAGACAUAUGAAAAAGGUAAAUCAGCAAUUUUUCUAUUAAAAAAAAACAAAAAAAAAUGGGUUAUGUUCUUUAUUUUAGAAUGUAGAUUCCAUUGUGAUGUCAUGUAACUCUAAUACAUAUUAUGAAUCCCAAAAAAUUUGUAGAAUAUUAAAAAUUCCUAAGAAAAAAAAAAAUCAUGUUAUAAUAUAAAAAUUUGUAAAAUGUCCAUAAAAAAAUAUUUAAAAAUGACUUCAAAACAGAAAUGAUUUAAUAAAAUUUGAAAUGUUUUGAGAUAGUUAAAACAUAAGGAUUGUAUUUAAAAAAAAUAGAGGUUCUAACAUCACAAUUCUUUUAAUUUAUCAGGAGAGUAAAAAUGGAAAUCAUUAAUAUUUAUCUGAUUCUUACUAUUAACAUUAUUUGUCGUUUCUGUUUGUAUAGUACUUGAAACUUUGUCAACAAAAUUAUGUUGACUUUAAAAUAAAAUCAACAGAAACAGAUUGAACUGAAAAUUUUAUAUGAUUUUAUACUAUAAAAAAAAAUAAAAUAAAAUUGGUUUUUAUCGUAGUUAAAAAUGUUGAGAAUCUGAUGUGGACCUCUAUUGUCGAGAAAAUUAUAAAAUAUUAACAACUAAUUAGAAAAUCCGCCAAUUUUUCAAACAAUAAAAAUAUAAGUAACAUUAAUGAAGUUAAAAUAAUUGAAGCUCUCGAUAUUUAAUUAAGAAUCAUCGUUUCCAAUUUUAAUAUGAGGUGCUAACCAUUUUUUUAUUUGGCACAAUUGAAUAUUUCAGUGUGAAAAAUUCGAAAAUUGUACAAAAGAAACAAAAGGCGAAAAAAGCAAUUUAUCAAUGCUCAUUCAUUCAAUUUCCCAUUCAAACUAAAUUCGCAUUUCAUGUCAAUAUAAUUUAUUUUCAAUUAAUUUUAAUUCCAUGUUUGUCGUGUUGAUAAUUGAUGUAUAUUUUUUCUUCGUCACUCAAAUAGUCUCAAAUAUCAUGAUUUAAUGAAAAUUUUCAGUUUGAAUUAAUUACUUUAUAUUGAUUUGAGACAAUACAACAGUACUGAUUUAAUAAAUUAUUUUUUAUUGACAAUAUAAAGAUUUUGUUCAUAUGAUUAACUUUGUUCUCACAUCAAAAGAUUUUAUUAUCAAAAAGAGAAAAUAAAAAAAUGAGUAAAUAAAAUAUGAAAAACUUUCUUAUGAAAAAUGAGAUGUAAAUCGC